AAUUGUCGAAGUGACAAUGACGAUCUACACUAUCAUCCUCUUCUUCUCAGUUAUUUACCAGUACGACUGUCAAUCCCUCUCGGAAAAUUACGCUAUCGUGUCAGACUUAGAACCCCAGCACUGCUUUAACCAAAAUCUAAACUACAUCAAGGCAGAUCCGAUUUAUGGUCUUCCCAGAUGUAGCCUCUUCAAUGACGUCACAGGAGUUUGUGCCAUAUAUCACAGCCCCGACUCAGAAUUCGACUUAGUGUACAAACCGGCAUGCGCAGAAGAUGGUCGAUUUGCCCCCAAGCAAUGCAAAGGAGAGCGAACAACUGGAAGGUGCUUUUGCUUUGACGCAGACGGUGGACGCAUUUUUGGACAGGAGUGGUGGAUUGGAGCGGAUGACAUGACUUGUGCUUGUAGUAGAAGGAAAGCGGAUAUGGCUGGUUCACUCUACUUCAAUAGUUUGCAUUGCGACAGUAAUGGAAACUAUGAACCACUGCAGUGUGACGUCAUCAGUGGGCAGUGUUGGUGCGCUGAUGAAAAGACAGGAGAUUUAAAGUCGACGGUUGUGCCUGAAAAAGCCAUGUCGAUGCUACCUUGCUACAAUCCUCUGCGAGUAGGGUUACAAUAUCUGCGACAAUGCGAAAAUAAAAGACACGCUAUGGAUAAAAUAGCGUAUAAGUUCAGUAUACGUGGUACUAGAAUACAUCAUGAGGAUUUUUUGUGUGAUGAGGAUGGCAGCUUUGGAGCGUAUGCUAUAAUCGGUGGUUCAGCAUACUGUACGUGGAGAGAUAAUAGUAACAUUGAUUCGUACCAAUCGGGUACUAACUAUACCGAUGUGAACUGCAACUGUGCAAGAGAUACAAGAUAUUUUGCUCUAGCUGGAAAAACAAUGACACAAAAAUGUUUGGGAAAUGGAAAUUAUGAAGAAUUUCAGAAGUUAGGUUCUAACACGUAUUGUGUGGAUGUAGACGGUUACAGGAAAUCUCCUUUAGAUUAUAACGUGGGCAGUAGUUACGAUUGUUCUAAUUAUACUUCGUAUAAUACAUAAUAUAGUAUCAAUUUAAGCACAUCUAUUUUUUGUAUAAUGUAUUAUAUUAUGUGAUCAAAAUAAUUUAUAAUCGAGUCA